AUGCCCCGAGCUGUCGGCUUGCGAAUGGGCACCGCAGGUAUAGCAUUAAUGGUUCUGCGCAAGACGUUGGGUGUCGCGCUUCGCGGCAAGUGUCUAAAUGUCUAUUUGGAACAGGGAAACGUUUGGUUAGCUUUCCGUGUACUCCACAAGCCCACGACUGGCCAGGUAACGGCUAACACGUCGCGCAAAUGA